UAGUUCUUGAGCAAAAAUUUCAUUCUUUACAAUAUAAUAAGAAAUUAGGAAGCCCUCAGUAAGAGGAUCAAUCUCCAGAGAUGGUGUCUAACACAAGUGUUAAGUUCUUCUGCAUUGCAUUCUUUGUGAAAGUUCUCAUUUUUAUGACUCCAUCAUCAACAUAUGCACAAGGGAGCCCUAAUUCUUCCAAAACUGUUGACGAUUUCUGCAACCAAAGAUCAACAAGCGAAGAUCGCGCCUUCUGUUUAACGGUCCUGAAAUCAAACCCUAGAAGCGCGACAGCCACCGACAACAUCAGCCUCCUCAAAAUCGCCAAAGACUUGGCUGUUGGAAAUGCCAAGAAAACCAGAGACUUUUUCACUACGUUAACCAAGAACAACGGGACUAGACCUUCUUUGCUGCCGGUUCUCGACGAGUGCAUCUCGGCUUACGACGAAAGCAUCACUGAGCUGUUGCUUGUGACUCAAGAUUUGGUGGAUGAUCCUCCCAUGACGGCCUACGAUGCCCAUGUGGCGAAUCAAGAAAUGAACAGGUGCCAAGACAUUCUCAAGACUAACGGUGUUUCGGACGAUUUUAUUUUGUCCAGACAUAAGAUUGCUUCCGAUUAUGGUCGCCUGAUCGAGGAGAUUGCAAAGAGUAUUUAG